AUGGACCCCAUCCUGGACCUCGACGUCGGGGCACAGAUGAGAGGUCUCGCCGGCCAGAAGAGCAGCUCCAUAGAGCUGGGGGCGCGGGGCCCGGAGGGCAGGUGCUGCUGGCAGGAGCCACCGGUGCAGGAGCAUCUCAGCUCCCCUGCGGGAGGGCACUCGGACUCCCGGACUCAGAGGGUCGGAGGGUCGGGAGGGGCCUGGGGCAGGGAGCCUUCAGCACAGCAGCGUGGGACUGCGCAGACGCAGGUGCAGGCUCGCUCCUCCCCCAGGCUGCACCCCAGCACCGGCUCUCCUCUCUGUGAGGAACCCAUUUACUGCUACACCCCACACAACUUCACCCGCGACCAGGCACUGUAUGCCCGCGGCUACUGCUGGACGGAGCUGCGGGACGCGCUGCCCGGCGUGGACGCUAGCCUGUGGCCGUCGCUGUUCGAGCACAAGCUGCUGCCCUACUCGCUGCUGGCCUUUGCGGCCAUCAUGUACGUGCCCGCGCUGGGCUGGGAGUUCCUGGCCUCCACCCGCCUCACCUCCGAGCUCAACUUCUUGCUGCAGGAGAUCGACAACUGCUACCACCGCGCGGCGGAGGGCCGCGCGCCCAAGAUCGAGAAGCAGAUCCAGUCCAAGGGGCCCGGCAUCACGGAGCGCGAGAAGCGCGAGAUCAUCGAGAAUGCGGAGAAGGACAAGAGCCCCGAGCAGAACCUGUUUGAAAAGUACCUGGAGCGGCGCGGGCGCAGCAACUUCCUGGCCAAGCUCUACCUGGCGCGCCACCUGCUCAUCCUGCUGCUCAGCGUGGCGCCCAUCUCCUACCUGUGCACCUACUACGCCACCCAGAAGCAGAACGAGAAAAGCGGCGUGGACAUCGUGCUGCUGUGCGCCAUGAACCUCAUCAUCCUCGUCAACCUCAUCCACCUCUUCAUCUUCCGCAAGAGCAACUUCAUCUUCGACAAGCUGCACAAGGUGGGCAUCAAGACGCGCCGCCAGUGGCGCGGCUCGCAGUUCUGCGACAUCAACAUCCUCGCCAUGUUCUGCAACGAGAACCGCGACCACAUCAAGUCGCUCAACCGCCUGGACUUCAUCACCAACGAGAGCGACCUCAUGUACGACAACGUGGUGCGGCAGCUGCUGGCGGCGCUGGCGCAGUCCAACCACGGCAUAUUUUUUUUAAAAAAACAGGGUGUCUGGCCUGGACCCCACAGGCUCUGGAGGCUGAGGGAGAGAUCAACCCUCCCAGGACGUUUCGGAGCCAUGAGCCCCAGCAGCUCCGGGGGGGUGGGGAGGGGUCGCAUGGUGGACAGAUGGGCCUGCGAGGUGACGUGCUGUGUCCUCCGUGUUGCAGACGCUCCGCUCGCUGAGGAGGACAUCCUGUACCCAGCGGAGCCGGCCCGGGCUGCGCUCCCCUCCAACCCGCUGCUGCACAUCAGCACGCUGUAUGAGGCCCGGGAGGAGGAGGACGGGGGGCCCCGGGCACCCCCAGACAUGGGGAGCCUCAUCGCCAUCCCCCCACCCCAGCAGAUCCUCAUCGCCACCUUCGAUGAGCCAAGGACCGUAGUGAGUACCGUGGAGUUCUGAGGGCGCAUGGCCACCAGGGCCCCCCAGGGGGACCCCUCCGCAUGACCAGGGUACACCGCCGCCCCAGCACUGCCCACCCCAGCCUCCCGCCCGCAUGCCUCGGGCUCAGCACCUGUCCUCCCCCUCUGUGGCAUUGUUGGGGUGCUGGCUGGGCCAGGGGCUGGCCAGGAGCCCCCUCCCUGCACCAGGCGCUCGCCCUGAGAAGAGUUUAUUUUCGUAGUUUGUCUUGGGCCCAGGAUGCUGGCCCUGAGGGGUGAUCUGUGGGGGGACAUGUGGGUCCAAGGUGUAGAAGGAAGCUGGGGGCAGGGGCACCACAGGCCUGGGGCGCACAGCCGCUGAGCCACAGUGCUCCUGGCUUGCCCGGGCAGGGCCGGAAGCCCUCGGGUCAAAGGUCAACAUGCACUUUCUCCUUGUACCCCGACUACCUGUACUUCACUAUGGUUACUGUAACCCACAAGUAUCUCUCUUGUCAAGAGACUUAGGGUGCAUUUAAAACAAAGGAUGUGUGUGUGGGCGUGUGCGUGUGUGUGGCCAGAGGGGGAGGGCGCCUGUGUGCAAGUAGACACGUGGGUGAGCGUGCAAAGCAUGCGUGAGUGGGCACCAGCGUGUAAGGAAGUGUGUGUGAGCGGGCCCAGGUGAGGCCAGGCAUGGGCGCCGGGGCGUGAGCAAGGAAAGGAGUCCAACGCAAUAACCACGUCCCCACCCGGGCCCCGGCCCCAGCCCCGGGCCCACACGGCAACCACGUGACGCAUUAACAAGGUCGCACUGAGCAUAUCAAUAAAUACUAUUCUGAUA